CAUAAUCACUCUUCCACGCAUGUCCUGAGAGCAGUAUGCAGCUGACUUACGAUGAAGCUGUUGUUUGAUGCCUAUACUUCCAGGCCAUAACUACCUCGGGAACACACAGCCAUAAGAGGGACUGCCAACAACUAAACAAACCAGCUGUUUUGCACAAUUGAUAAGUUAUAUCGAAAGAGUAUGGCUAACAAUGAUGGAGUAGAUGCCCCAUUUCUCCCAGGUAAUCUAAAAUGCAUGGAAGCUGUAUAUGAACCAUCAAGACAACAAAAGAUCAAACAUGUUGUCACGACAACUGUGGUCGUCAUCCUAAUUGUCAUGUCCAUUGCUGUGUUUGAGCGGUAUGACUCGGAGUUACCUCAGCUACAAAAUGUACGGAGAGCCUCGGAGGCCAACUACCUGGACACCAAUGGAAAAACGUUUCCUUGGCAACAACUAAGACUGCCAAGGUAUAUCACACCUAUGGAAUAUCACAUACGGAUAUAUCCGGAUUUCCGAGCAAAGACGUUCAAUGGAAGCGUCACCAUACAAAUGUUAACAGAACAGCAGACAAAAUUAAUUACGUUGCACGGGAAAAAGAUGAAGAUAACAAAUGUUGAUGUGAAUAUUGAGAGCAAGGAUGGCAGCAUUUGGAGGAAAGGCCAGGUGCGGGCAAUGUACGAGAGUCAAAAACUAGAGAUGCAUAUCCUUGAGAUGACAGAGAUUCUUUUGGAACGUACCAAGGUCAAUGUGACCUUGGCAUUUGAGGGCAAGUUGAUGAAAAAGCUCUCAGGGUUUUACCUCAGCAAUUACACUAAACCGGAAGGAGAAGUCAAGUAUCUCGCUGCAACACUGUUUGAACCGACUAGUGCAAGAGAGGCCUUUCCCUGUUUUGAUGAACCAGACAUGAAGGCUAAGUUUACCAUAAGCAUCGCUCGCUCUAAAGAUCAGAUAUCAUUAUCCAACAUGCCUCUCCUGACAUCAACCACGUACAACAGAGAUAUCAUUUUGGAUACAUUCCAACAGACUGUAAAAAUGAGCACGUAUCUAGUGGCCUUCGUUGUGUGUGACUUUCAAAGUGUGAAUAGAACUACCUCACAAGGUACAAAGGUGAGUGUGUAUGCCCCGCCACACCAGAUCAGCCAAGCAAACUUUGCUCUCGACACUGCCGUCAAAGUUCUCGAUUUCUACAACAAGCUGUUUGGUAUCAAGUAUCCGCUACCUAAACAAGAUCUUGUGGCCCUUCCUGAUUUUGCGGCUGGAGCUAUGGAGAAUUGGGGUUUGAUUACCUUUCAACUCACUGCCAUUCUGCUUGAUCCAGACGUGUCGUCUGCUCGCGACAGACAGUAUGUUGUCAUAGUCAUCGCCCAUGAGCUAGCACACCAGUGGUUUGGCAAUCUGGUGAGCUUGAAGUGGUGGAAUGACGUUUGGUUAAAUGAAGGUUUUGCUACCUUUGUAGAAUAUCUGGGCGCUAAUGAAAUUGAUCCCUCCUUUUCUAAGAUGGAUCUGUUUGUUCAGAGUGAAAUGAUCAACACGAUGGCCAUCGACUGUGAAGGGAACUCGCAUCCCGUCACAGCGACUGUGUCAGACCCAAGUCAAAUCAACGGUCUGUUUGAUGCUAUCUCAUAUGGCAAGGGAGCAUCCUUAAUACGCAUGUUGAGUAACUUUAUGGGCGAGGAGAAAUUCUGGGAUGGAAUUAAAAAAUACCUCAACACGUACAAAUUUGGUAACGCCAGAACUGAGGACUUAUGGGAUAUCCUCACGGAAUUCACACAGACCAACGUGUCUUCAAUGAUGGAUACAUGGACCAAGCAAAUGGGCUAUCCGGUCAUCACCAUGAAACGCAAAGACGAAGGUGUGCAGGUUACACAAGAGCACUUCCUCCUUGGCCGCCAGAAAGCACCACUUAGUCCAUACAAUUACAAGUGGAACAUACCAUUCAGGUAUGCUGUAGCAAAGACAAGUGGUAUCUCGGACCAGCUAAUCAACAUACACAUGGACUCUGGAACAAAGUUUCAAGCGGAUCACGAUCAAGUGAAAUGGAUGAAGGGUAAUUAUGGGAUGUACGGGUACUACCGUGUCAACUACGAGGAGAGUAACUGGCGGGCUCUCAUAAAACAACUUACUGACAACCAUACGGUGUUUUCUUCGACUGAUCGAGCUGGUCUCAUAGAUGACGUAUGCUUCCUUGCCAGAGCUCAUAAAGUAUCGCAAACUAUGGCAUUAAACAUGACUAAGUACCUGCGGAAUGAAGGGGAUUACCUCCCUUGGAGUGUAGCUCUUGAUUGCCUUACAUUCAUCGGGGAGCGUCUCAGAAACAAAGCUGUCUAUGACAAGCUCCAGAAAUACACUGUUGGCUUAAUGCAUCCCAUAAUUGCCAAACUUAGCUGGGAGGACACUGGAUCACUACUUGACAAAUUCCUCCGAUCACUCAUGAUUGACAAGGCGCUAGAGUUUGGACACCAAACAACCAUUAAAAACGGCAAAACGAUGUUUCAUAGCUGGAUGAAAGAUGGAAAGAAAUUGAAUGUGAACUUGAAGGGUGAGAUAUAUAGGGCAGGAGCCCAGUAUGGUGAUAUUUCUGAAUCAAAUUUUAUCUAUAAAGAGUACAUCAAGGCUCCGAUUCCAUCAGAGAAGCAUACGCUACUUGUUGCCCUGUGUUAUACAAGUCACGAGAGCAUCCUACAGAGGUUGUUGAAAGAAACAGCCAAAGGAGACGUUAUUCGUCACCAAGAUCUGAGAAUCAUAAUGGCUGAAAUUUCCAAGAACCCCAAAGGGCAAUUGCUGGCCUGGAUAUUCCUAAAAGAUAAUUGGAACAAUAUAUUGGAAUGGUUUUCCGGUUCAUUGUUUGUCCUACCUGAUCUUAUUCAAAGCGCCACGUCAUCAUUUUCUUCAGUGAAACGGCUUGCAGAGGUGAAAGCAUUCUUCAACUCUGUUGAUGCCAGUGCUGGCAAAAGACAGGUUCUAACGAGUCUGAAUCAGAUCCAGAUGAACAUUGAUUGGCUGGAGAACAAUGAAGACGAAGUCACCAGCUGGUUCAAGGAUCCUGGCAAUAUUUUACUUGACAAUAGUUAAAUGUCAUAAUAUGCUUAGAAUAGGGACAGUUACAACUGACUUUACAGGUACGAUCAUAAUUGAGUCCUAGUACCCUUUGAAUAUUUGGGCAUAUUUAGCUUUGGGUUCUAGUAGUAACUGAAUCUGUGGAAAAGAUCGGAGACCUGACAAAAGUUGAAUGUCUGGGGACGAUUAUAUCGAGUAUAGGGUCCAACAACUGAUUAUAUGUAUAAAACUUGAGCUGUAUCCGUACCAUAAAAAAAUAAAAUUCCGGCCUUGUUUUUUUUCUAGCUCCCCCCUUAUAACAUCUGAAUAUUCACGCUGACUAAUUUGGAAGUUUGUUAUUGACCAUUGUCCAUACUGUGUGGAAUAACCAUUGUCCAUGUUGAAGCUCAUUUAAUAUGUCUAGUUACGCGGCGUCUUGCCCUAGAAGGACGAAACAGUUGUACGGUGCAGCGUAAAUCACGUUUGCCACACUGCAUCUAAUACUAAAUUGUAUAGGUACAUUCACACGUGUGCGUCUUACGUCCAUCUUUCUGCAAUAUUUGUACUUAAGAAGCUAAUUGUCUUGCAAAAUUUGCGA